AUGGGUUCCAACAGCCCCCCCGUCGACACCAUCGCCGCCACGUCCACCGCCGCCACCAACAUCACUCCCGCCGCCAUGACCGGCGCCCACGCGCUGCAGGGGGCCGCCGCCGCCGCCAACGGAGACCAGGCCGCCGCCGUCCCCACGGGCCUCGACCUCCUGCCCGCUACUUUGGCGGACCUCGCCGACAGCCCUCCGCGCCAUCCGCUUCGAGCUCGCGGAGAUCGGGGCCGGCCAGCACCCGCCGCCCCCACCGUCCGCCGUUCCGCCGCCGCCCCCACCGACCGCGGUUCCGCCGCCGCCGCCACCGGCCGCCGCUACGCCGCCGCCCCCACCGACCGCCGCUACUCCGCCGCCCCCACCGCCCGCCUCCGCUGCGCGCCAGGGCCGGCCCGCGUGGUGGCCGCCGUUGCCCUCGCCGAUUCCCACCCGCCCGCCCAUCGCCUCGGCGGUCCUGGCGGGUUUGCGGGGCCCUUCGCCGCAAGCACGUCCGUCAACCCAAGCCGCCAGGCGGACACCCCCGAGGUCCCGCCCGUGGCACCGCAGCCGCCCCGCUUCACGAAGCUGGAGUUCGCCACCUACGACGGCGCCACCGACCCCCUGAACUGGCUGAACCAGUGUGAGCAGUUUUUUCGGGGGCAGCGGACGCUCAGCACCGACCGCACAUGGAUCGCCUCCUAUCACCUACGGGGCGCCGCGCAGACUUGGUACUACGCCCUCGAGCAGGACGAGGGCGGGAUGCCGCCUUGGGAGCGUUUCCGCGACCUGUGCCUCCAGCGGUUUGGGCCGACCCUCCGUGGCAGCCGCCUCGCCGAGCUGGGACGCCUCGCCUUCACCACCACGGUCCAGGACUUCGCCGACCGCUUUCAGGCGCUCGCGUGCCAUGCCCCGGGCGUCUCGGCACGCCAGCGCGCCGAUCUCUUCGUCGGCGGCCUCCCCGACUACAUCCGCGUCGACGUCGAGAUGCGCGAGCCGGCGGACCUGCAGACGGCCAUGUACUACGCACGAGCCUACGAGCAGCGCGCCCUCGCCAUGCAGCAGGUCUACGCGCAACGUGGCAGCGCUCGUCCCGCGCCCCGCCCCGCUCCGACGCCCACCGCCCCGCCACGCCCCGCACCGGCCGCUGCGCCCGUAGGCCCUCCUGCGCAAACUCGCCCCUUCAAACGGCUGACGGCUGUGGAGCAGCUUGAGCGGCGCCGCCAGGGGCUGUGCUUCAACUGCGACGAGAAGUACGCGCCGGGCCACACGUGCGCCCGCCUCUUCUACUUGGAGACCGUCAACGACGCCGACGUUGAGGCCCUCACCGCCGAGCUCGCGGCCGCCGCCGUCACUGAGGCCGGUGUCACGACCUACGCGCCAGUCGAUGCGUCCGCCUUCGUCGUGUCUCUCCAUGCUAUGGCAGGCAUCAAAACGGCAAAGACGAUGCUGCUUCCGGUGACGAUCAAGGGGGAGCGUCUCACUGCGCUGGUGGACACGGGCUCCACGCACAACUUCCUGUCCAACACCGCCAUGCGCCGCCUCGCUCUCCAGCCGGCGGGAUCGGAGAAGUACAGCGUCACCGUCGCCAACGGGGAUCUUCUUACGUGCCAGGGCGUGGCGCGACAGGUUCCCGUGCUCGUAGGCGACGAGCCGUUCUCCAUCGACUGCGUCGGCAUCGACUUGGGCUGCUACGACUUCAUCCUCGGCCUCGACUUCCUGAGCACCUUAGGCCCCAUCCUGUGGGACCUCGACGUGCUGUCCCUCAUCUUCUGGCGCGAGGGCGGCCGCCGUGUUCACUGGAUGGGCGUGGGCAGCACUGGCACAUCCCCGCAGCUACACCUGAUGGCCGCCGCGCUAGACGAGGCGCAGCCGCUCCUGGCCGCCCUACUGCAGCAGCACGGCGACCUCUUCGACGAGCCGCAGGGCCUCCCUCCCUCGCGACCAUGUGACCACCGCAUCCACCUGCUGCCGAACACGGCACCCAUAGCUGUGCGGCCGUACCAGUACCCCCAGCUGCAGAAGGACGAGCUCGAGCGCCAGGUGGCGGUCAUGCUAGCACAGGGCAUCAUACGGAUCUCGACGUCACCAUUCUGCACCCCCGUGCUCCUGGUGCGCAAGACCGACGACACGUGGCGUUUCUGCAUCGACUUCCGCGCCCUCAACACCGUCACGUCCAAGGACAAGUUCCCCAUCCCCGUCGUGGAUGAGCUCCUGGAUGAGCUACAUGGAGCGCGCUUUUUCACCAAGCUCGACUUGCGCUCGGGCUAUCAUCAGGUGCGCAUGCACCCGGACGACAUCUCCAAGACGGCGUUCCGCACUCACCAUGGCCACUACGAGUUUUUGGUGAUGCCGUUCGGCCUCUCCAAUGCGCCGGCGACCUUCCAGGCUCUGAUGAACGACGUGCUCAGCCCCUACUUACGCCGCUUUGUGCUUGUUUUCUUUGAUGAUAUUUUGAUCUACAGCGCAUCCUGGGCGGAGCACCUGCAGCACGUGGCCAUCAUCUUCAACGAGCUUCGAGCGCAUCGUCUUCACCUCAAGCGCUCGAAGUGCUCGUUUGGCACGACCUCCGUCGCAUACUUGGGCCACGUCAUCUCCGCCGACGGUGUCGCGAUGGACGCGGACAAGGUCGCUGCCGUCGCCGCCUGGCCAACGCCCCAGUCGCCACGAGCUCUUCGCAGAUUUUUGGGCCUCGCCGGAUACUACCGGCGCUACAUCCAGGACUUCGGUCUCAUCGCCGUACCCCUCACACGCCUGCUUCGCCGCGACGCUUUCUCCCGGGACGAGGAGGCGGCCACGGCCUUCGCCGCCCUGCAGCGGGCACUCACGACGGGUCCCGUUCUUCAGAUGCCGGACUUCAACGAGCCGUUCGUGGUGGACUGCGACGCCUACGGCAUCGGCUUCGGCGCCGUCCUUCACCAGGGCGAGGGUCCACUCGCCUUCUUCAGUCGCCCCUUCGCCGCGCGCCACCACAAGCUCGCCGCAUAUGAGCGCGAGCUGAUCGGGCUGGUCCAGGCAGUGCGCCACUGGCGGGCGUAUCUUUGGGGCCGGACAUUCCGUGUGCGCACGGACCACUACAGCCUGAAGUUCUUGCUGGAUCAGCGCCUUUCCACCGUGCCGCAACACCAGUGGAUCAGCAAGCUCUUCGGCUUCGACUUCACCGUCGAGUACCGCCCCGGCCGCCUCAACAUAGUCGCCGACGCCCUGUCCCGCCGAGACGUUGACGAUGCUGCGGACGCACCCACAGUCGGUGCAGCCCUCUGCAUCCACUCCGGGCCAUCUUUCGCCUUCAUCGACGAGGUUCGCCGCGCUACUGCCACGGCUGCGGAUGCGCAGCAGCUGCGCCAGCGCCUGGCCGACGGCGAGCUGGCCACGCCCUGGCGCCUGGACGAGGGACUACUCCUCCAUGGCUGCCGCAUCUUCGUGCCGGAUCAUGGAGACCUGCGCCACCAGGCCUUGUCCUUGGUGCAUUCUGCAGGUCACGAGGGCGCCCAGAAGACCCUGCACCGUCUCCGCGCUGAUUUUUACAUUCCAGGGGAUGGCGCCCUGGUGCGAGACUGGGUGCGGGCGUGUGUCACAUGCCAGCGGAACAAGACGGAGACGCUCCGUCCGGCAGGCUUGCUACAGCCACUGGACAUGCCGUCCCAGGUGUGGGCGGACAUCUCGAUGGACUUCAUUGAGGGGCUGCCGAAGUACGCGCACUUCAUCGCCCUCGGCCAUCCCUAUACGGCGGCGUCCGUGGCACGCGCUUUCUUCGACGGCAUCGUUCGCCUCCACGGGUUUCCAUCCUCCAUCGUCAGUGAUCGUGAUCCUGUGUUCAUGGGUCACGUCUGGAGGGACCUUUUUGGGUUGGCAGGCGUGAAGCUCCGCAUGAGUACGGCGUUUCAUCCUCAGACGGAUGGCCAGUCCGAGGUCGUCAACAAGAUCAUCGCCAUGUACCUGCGCUGCAUCACCGGGGAUCGCCCACGAGCUUGGGUGGACCGGGUCGGCGUGGGCCGAGUAUCGCUACAACACGUCCUACCACUCCGCGCUGCACGCUACUCCCUUUGA